AUGUCAAGGGAAAAUCACAGCACCAUAUAUGAGUUCAUACUUUUGGGCUUCACUGACUCACCAGAGCUGAAAAUCUUGCUUUUCGUAUUCUUCCUUGUAGUCUACCUCAUCACCAUUGUGGGGAAUCUUGGGAUGAUCCUAUUAAUCAGGAACGAUUCUCGACUUCACACCCCCAUGUACUUCUUCCUCAGCCAGCUGUCCUUUGUGGACCUCUGCUACUCUUCCGUCGUCACCCCUAAGAUGUUGAUGGAUUUUGUCGUGAAAAGCAAAAGCAUUUCCUUGCCUGGAUGUGCAGCACAGAUGGCUAUGUUUUGUCUCUUUGUGGCCGCUGAAGCUUUCAUUUUGGCAGCCAUGGCUUACGAUCGGUACGUAGCUAUUUCCAAGCCUCUUCUCUAUACAGUCAUCAUGUCCAGGAAAAUUUGUGCCCAGCUGAUGGUUGGACCCUAUCUUGCAGGACUGAUCAAUGCUACAACACACACCAGCUUAACUUUCCAGUUAACUUUCUGCAAGUCCACAAUCAACCAUUUCUUCUGUGACAUCCCUGCAGUCAUAUCGCUCUCCUGCUCUGACACAAGUUUCAACAUGAUGGUGCUUUUGGGUCUCUCCUUUGUGUUAGGAACAGUCAGCGGCUUUAUUGUCAUCAUCUCUUACAUCUACAUCCUUGCAGCCACUUUGAGGAUCCGCUCCAGUGAAGGGAGGCACAAGGUUUUCUCUACCUGCUUUUCCCACCUCACCGCUGUCUCUCUUUUCUUUGGGAGCCUCUUCUUCAUAUAUGUCCGGCCCAGUUCUGACUCCACAGAAGAUGAAGACAAAGCUGUCUCCAUGUUCUACACUGUGCUGAUCCCCAUGUUAAACCCCUUGAUCUACAGCCUAAGAAACAAAGAUGUGAAAGACGCAACGAAGAAGAUUUAUGGGGAGGCUGGACUGAUUAACCCACACAGGAGAAAGAACAUUUGUGAAACCUUGUUUGAUAUUUAUCUCAGCAGCUGGGAAACAAUCGGUUGAAAGUGGAAAACAUCUAUGUGACUGUAAGGGGAAGAUCUGGAUUAUUAUGAACUUGGAGGACGAUUUGAACUUUAGAAAAAAGACGGCAGUGGACGGUUGCGAGGAAUCCCCAAUUUCUUGAAGCAUGGGAACCCAAAUAAAAAAUUCUCUAGAUGAUUUGGCAUAACAUUCGGUUUGAUUGAUAUAUAUAUGUGUAUAAUUUGAAAUAAUGAAUGUGAUAUAAUUGGUUUUAAUUGGA